UAUUUUAUUUUAACAAAUGGAUUGGAGUUAGAAUACAAUAUAGCAGCAGUUGUAGAUUGGUGUCUCUUGCGGGACAGGAAGCGAUGGACUUCCGGUGGGGGAGGAGCCGAGGUGAGGAGGGUGUCGCCGUGGUGAUAAACUUCCUGCUGGCUAAUGCCCGAUUGGUCCUGGGAGUGGGAGGGGCCGCGGUGCUGGGCAUCGCUACGUUGGCUGUCAAGAGGUUGAUAGAACGCGCAGGCCGAGCGGCGGAGGACGAGAAGGUGGAACAGAAGAUGUCAGAGAGCUGGGAGGAGCUUAGCUUAGUCUCCGCCUCCCCAAAGUCCAUAAGGAAGGGGCUGGAGAGUGUGGUCAUGAAACACGUCGCCAAGGCAACCAAGCCACAGAAAGCUGACCUGUGCCAGCCUCAGCAGCAGAAGUCUAGUCUGAUCGAGAAGCCUGUCAAAGCAGCAGAGUCCCAGAGACCCGAGAGCCUACAGCUGUCUCUCACCCUGCAGGACCGUCUCCAGCAGUAUUAUUCUACCAGAGCAGCUUUAGCCCCAGAGGUCGUCCACAGAGCUGAGAGUCUAGCUCUAGAUAUCUGUAUAGAGGUACAAGGCUUCCUGCACGCCACAAACCCUGACAUGCCUCUGGGAGAGAUGUCACUGGGAGGAUCCCUGCUCGACGACCUACAGGUGGUGAGAGCGGACCAUGCAUGCCUGCUGGUUCCCCUCCAGCUAGAACCCAGUCUGUGGAGACUGAUCCCAGGGGAGGAGACUCUCCUAACACACCCUCUACACUGGAUGGUCCGACGAGUCAACCUGGAAUACUUCCCUAGAGGACGCAGCUACUGGGACAGGUUCCUAGUAGGAGGGUAUCUAUCCUGCCGGGCGCUGGUGAGCAUGCUCAGUAAGGCUGUGAUGGAAACCAUGAACUGGCCGUCUCUCUCCUCCACUCUUGACUGUCUGGUCAGGCCUGUCCUCGGAGGAGAUGACCUGAAACUGGAGAUACGACCAGAGCGAGGUGACACUCUCUUCAUCUCCAUGGUGCCGGUGCUGAGGGAGGCAGACGUGGUCCUGACUGCCCAGGUAGAGUUAACCCAGCCCUGGGAUAGUGCCUGGCACCUCUCCCUCUACCCCUGGGAGACCCAGCGCCUGGCCCAGCUCGACUCAGCUGACCACGGGGUCCGACGCACCGUCCUCAAAACCCUCAAAGCCGUCUGUCGACACUGUCCCGCCCUGCGACCCCUCACCGCUGCACCGCUGGCCAAUCUCAUCCUCCACCUCAGCGACAAGGACUUGGAUUGGUCGGAGGGUUGUCUGAGUGGGCGGUUCCAGCAGUGUGUGUGGGAGCUGAUAGGCUAUCUGGAGCUGGGGGUGUUACCUAGCUACUUCAAGUCCAGUGUUAAUAUGUUGAACGGACUGACGGAGGAAGAGGUCGAUGAGAUGGGGUUUAUGUUGUACUGCGCGGUCUCUGAGCCGGACAUUCUGCUGAUAUAGAAAUAUAUAUAUACCCUAACCUGGUGUGUCUGUCAGAGAGGAAGAGGACAGUGUUAUAUAUAUAUAUAUACUCUAACCUGGUGUGUCUGUCAGAGAGGAAGAGGACAGUGUUAUAUAUAUAUAUAUAUACUCUAACCUGGUGUGUCUGUCAGAGAGGAAGAGGACAGUGUUAUAUAUAUAUAUAUAUACUCUAACCUGGUGUGUCUGUCAGAGAGGAAGAGGACAGUGUUAUAUAUAUAUAUAUAUACUCUAACCUGGUGUGUCUGUCAGAGAGGAAGAGGACAGUGUUAUAUAUAUAAUAUAUACUCUAACCUGGUGUGUCUGUCAGAGAGGAAGAGGACAGUGUUAUAUAUAUAUAUAUAUACUCUAACCUGGUGUGUCUGUCAGAGAGGAAGAGGACAGUGUUAUAUAUAUAUAUAUAUACUCUAACCUGGUGUGUCUGUCAGAGAGGAAGAGGACAGUGUUAUAUAUAUAUAUAUACUCUAACCUGGUGUGUCUGUCAGAGAGGAAGAGGACAGUGUUAUAUAUAUAUAUAUAUACUCUAACCUGGUGUGUCUGUCAGAGAGGAAGAGGACAGUGUUAUAUAUAUAUAUAUACUCUAACCUGGUGUGUCUGUCAGAGAGGAAGAGGACAGUGUUAUAUAUAUAUAUAUACUCUAACCUGGUGUGUCUGUCAGAGAGGAAGAGGACAGUGUUAUAUAUAUAUAUAUACUCUAACCUGGUGUGUCUGUCAGAGAGGAAGAGGACAGUGUUAUAUAUAUAUAUAUACUCUAACCUGGUGUGUCUGUCAGAGAGGAAGAGGACAGUGUUAUAUAUAUAUAUAUAUACUCUAACCUGGUGUGUCUGUCAGAGAGGAAGAGGACAGUGUUAUAUAUAUAUAUAUAUACUCUAACCUGGUGUGUCUGUCAGAGAGGAAGAGGACAGUGUUAUAUAUAUAUAUAUAUACUCUAACCUGGUGUGUCUGUCAGAGAGGAAGAGGACAGUGUUAUAUAUAUAUAUAUAUACUCUAACCUGGUGUGUCUGUCAGAGAGGAAGAGGACAGUGUUAUAUAUAUAUAUAUACUCUAACCUGGUGUGUCUGUCAGAGAGGAAGAGGACAGUGUUAUAUAUAUAUAUAUACUCUAACCUGGUGUGUCUGUCAGAGAGGAAGAGGACAGUGUUAUAUAUAUAUAUAUAUACUCUAACCUGGUGUGUCUGUCAGAGAGGAAGAGGACAGUGUUAUAUAUAUAUAUAUACUCUAACCUGGUGUGUCUGUCAGAGAGGAAGAGGACAGUGUUAUAUAUAUAUAUAUAUACUCUAACCUGGUGUGUCUGUCAGAGAGGAAGAGGACAGUGUUAUAUAUAUAUAUAUAUACUCUAACCUGGUGUGUCUGUCAGAGAGGAAGAGGACAGUGUUAUAUAUAUAUAUAUAUACUCUAACCUGGUGUGUCUGUCAGAGAGGAAGAGGACAGUGUUAUAUAUAUAUAUAUAUACUCUAACCUGGUGUGUCUGUCAGAGAGGAAGAGGACAGUGUUAUAUAUAUAUAUAUAUACUCUAACCUGGUGUGUCUGUCAGAGAGGAAGAGGACAGUGUUAUAUAUAUAUAUAUAUACUCUAACCUGGUGUGUCUGUCAGAGAGGAAGAGGACAGUGUUAUAUAUAUAUAUAUAUACUCUAACCUGGUGUGUCUGUCAGAGAGGAAGAGGACAGUGUUAUAUAUAUAUAUAUACUCUAACCUGGUGUGUCUGUCAGAGAGGAAGAGGACAGUGUUAUAUAUAUAUAUAUAUACUCUAACCUGGUGUGUCUGUCAGAGAGGAAGAGGACAGUGUUAUAUAUAUAUAUAUACUCUAACCUGGUGUGUCUGUCAGAGAGGAAGAGGACAGUGUUAUAUAUAUAUAUAUAUACUCUAACCUGGUGUGUCUGUCAGAGAGGAAGAGGACAGUGUUAUAUAUAUAUAUUAUACUCUAACCUGGUGUGUCUGUCAGAGAGGAAGAGGACAGUGUUAUAUAUAUAUAUAUAUACUCUAACCUGGUGUGUCUGUCAGAGAGGAAGAGGACAGUGUUAUAUAUAUAUAUAUACUCUAACCUGGUGUGUCUGUCAGAGAGGAAGAGGACAGUGUUAUAUAUAUAUAUAUAUACUCUAACCUGGUGUGUCUGUCAGAGAGGAAGAGGACAGUGUUAUAUAUAUAUAUAUAUACUCUAACCUGGUGUGUCUGUCAGAGAGGAAGAGGACAGUGUUAUAUAUAUAUAUAUACUCUAACCUGGUGUGUCUGUCAGAGAGGAAGAGGACAGUGUUAUAUAUAUACUCUAACCUGGUGUGUCUGUCAGAGAGGAAGAGGACAGUGUUAUAUAUAUAUAUAUACUCUAACCUGGUGUGUCUGUCAGAGAGGAAGAGGACAGUGUUAUAUAUAUAUAUAUACUCUAACCUGGUGUGUCUGUCAGAGAGGAAGAGGACAGUGUUAUAUAUAUAUAUAUACUCUAACCUGGUGUGUCUGUCAGAGAGGAAGAGGACAGUGUUAUAUAUAUAUAUUAUACUCUAACCUGGUGUGUCUGUCAGAGAGGAAGAGGACAGUGUUAUAUAUAUAUAUAUACUCUAACCUGGUGUGUCUGUCAGAGAGGAAGAGGACAGUGUUAUAUAUAUAUAUAUACUCUAACCUGGUGUGUCUGUCAGAGAGGAAGAGGACAGUGUUAUAUAUAUAUAUAUAUACUCUAACCUGGUGUGUCUGUCAGAGAGGAAGAGGACAGUGUUAUAUAUAUAUAUAUAUACUCUAACCUGGUGUGUCUGUCAGAGAGGAAGAGGACAGUGUUAUAUAUAUAUAUAUACUCUAACCUGGUGUGUCUGUCAGAGAGGAAGAGGACAGUGUUAUAUAUAUAUAUAUAUACUCUAACCUGGUGUGUCUGUCAGAGAGGAAGAGGACAGUGUUAUAUAUAUAUAUAUACUCUAACCUGGUGUGUCUGUCAGAGAGGAAGAGGACAGUGUUAUAUAUAUAUAUAUACUCUAACCUGGUGUGUCUGUCAGAGAGGAAGAGGACAGUGUUAUAUAUAUAUAUAUAUACUCUAACCUGGUGUGUCUGUCAGAGAGGAAGAGGACAGUGUUAUAUAUAUAUAUAUAUACUCUAACCUGGUGUGUCUGUCAGAGAGGAAGAGGACAGUGUUAUAUAUAUAUAUAUACUCUAACCUGGUGUGUCUGUCAGAGAGGAAGAGGACAGUGUUAUAUAUAUAUAUAUACUCUAACCUGGUGUGUCUGUCAGAGAGGAAGAGGACAGUGUUAUAUAUAUAUAUAUAUACUCUAACCUGGUGUGUCUGUCAGAGAGGAAGAGGACAGUGUUAUAUAUAUAUAUAUAUACUCUAACCUGGUGUGUCUGUCAGAGAGGAAGAGGACAGUGUUAUAUAUAUAUAUAUAUACUCUAACCUGGUGUGUCUGUCAGAGAGGAAGAGGACAGUGUUAUAUAUAUAUAUAUAUACUCUAACCUGGUGUGUCUGUCAGAGAGGAAGAGGACAGUGUUAUAUAUAUAUAUAUAUACUCUAACCUGGUGUGUCUGUCAGAGAGGAAGAGGACAGUGUUAUAUAUAUAUAUAUAUACUCUAACCUGGUGUGUCUGUCAGAGAGGAAGAGGACAGUGUUAUAUAUAUAUAUAUAUACUCUAACCUGGUGUGUCUGUCAGAGAGGAAGAGGACAGUGUUAUAUAUAUAUAUAUACUCUAACCUGGUGUGUCUGUCAGAGAGGAAGAGGACAGUGUUAUAUAUAUAUAUAUACUCUAACCUGGUGUGUCUGUCAGAGAGGAAGAGGACAGUGUUAUAUAUAUAUAUAUACUCUAACCUGGUGUGUCUGUCAGAGAGGAAGAGGACAGUGUUAUAUAUAUAUAUAUACUCUAACCUGGUGUGUCUGUCAGAGAGGAAGAGGACAGUGUUAUAUAUAUAUAUAUAUACUCUAACCUGGUGUGUCUGUCAGAGAGGAAGAGGACAUGUAUUAGAUAUAACAGAAGACACCACACUGACUAAUACAGAUCAGUUGUACCAUAUUACCGCUGAGACGCGGACGGGAGAUGUUGUUCAGGAAGUCGUGUAUCUCCUUCACACACAACCUGGGGCUGACUGACUAAACAGAGAUCCUUUAUACAUUGUGUACGAGUAAUAUGGUGUUGAUUGGGGGCUUCUGACUGAGCAGUACAGAGAGUCCGGUCACUGAUGAUGAUGAUGAUGAUGAUGGAUUGUGUCUCGGUAAGUAGAUGAGGGUAGGAAGAAACGAAAAGGAAGACUAGAGCUGCGUUUUACACAGGCACCCAAAUCUGAUCAUUUUGGGGGGCCAGAAUCAGGUCGCCUUAGUGACGGAGACUUGGGGUUUUCUCCUGCUGAGGACUAUAUAUCUACAUCUAGUACAUCUCUGACCAAAGGGCUGUUUUAGAAUGGGCUGCGACCAUUGAGGCUACAACCCCAUAGGAAUCCCCCUGCCCAGUUGACUACUUUAAAAUGGUGGAAGCCCCUCAAUGGCCGCUACCCAUUCUAAAACUGCAUUUUUUGUUUUGUUUGUUGGGGGUCACUAAAAAGCCUGGAUCGUUCUCUAUGGGCCGACUGGACUACACAAGGUAACAAGAGUUAGCACCAGUUACCACAGCCACAAAGUGAUAAUUAUGUUUAAUAAAAUCCCUUUAAUAUUAUAAUAUUAUAUAAAUAAAUGCCAUUUUCUCCAAUUAAAAUCGGAUUUUUACACCUGUUUAUGACGUCAUUAUAUGCAUCACACCUUCUACUGAAUAAAGUCUCCUUUCCCUGUUUGACAAUUUUUCAUAAUGUUGUGUGUUUUUUGAAAAUACUUUUUUUGCUGCGGUUGUUUUUAAGUUGAAGAGCGAUUUAAAAUAAAUGUUUUCUGCUGAA